AUGGCGACCAAAGAGAACGACCAGAAGCCAAAGCCGAGCAGUCUGCGGUCCAUCAUCGCUGGCUCGACUGCUGGAGCUGUUGAAAUCUCAAUCACUUAUCCUGCCGAAUUCGCGAAGACAAGAACCCAGCUCAACCGCCGAUUAGCGGACGGCAAGAAAUUACCAUGGCCUCCGUUCGGACGGGCGUGGUAUGCGGGAUGCACGACGUUGAUUAUUGGUAACUCGAUAAAGGCCGGCGUUCGCUUCGUCGCGUUCGAUGCUUUCAAGUCCCUUCUACAAGAUGAGAACGGAAAGAUAUCUGGUCCAAAGACUGUGAUAGCCGGGUUCGGUGCUGGAUUUACCGAGUCCCUCCUAGCAGUCACUCCAUUCGAGAGCAUCAAGACGCAGCUCAUCGAUGAUAGGAAAUCUGCUAAACCACGAAUGCGUGGCUUUUUGCAUGGAAGUACCGUGAUAUUCCGCGAGCGAGGCAUCCGAGGCUUCUUCCAGGGAUUCAUACCCACAACUGCGCGACAAGCAGCUAACUCUGCGACGAGAUUUGGAAGUUAUACGACCAUAAAGCAGUUUGCACAGGGCUACAUAGCUCCCGGUGAGAAGCUCGGGACCCUGAGUACCUUUGCCAUUGGUGGAAUGGCCGGUCUUAUCACAGUCUACGUUACCCAGCCCCUAGAUACUGUGAAGACACGAAUGCAAUCGCUGGAAGCAAGAAGUAGCUACAAGAACAGCUUUGACUGUGUGGCAAAGAUAUUGAAGAACGAGGGAAUAUUCACCUUUUGGUCUGGAGCCGUUCCACGUCUUGCUAGACUGGUGCUAAGCGGUGGUAUCGUUUUCACUAUGUAUGAGAAAACCAUGGAGGGUCUUGAUCUGCUGGAUCCCGAAAGAAAGUACAUCUAA